UUCAAUCAUGAAGAUGGCUGACGGUUCCACAAUUUUGCGACGAAACAGACCCGGAACAAAGGCAAAGGACUUUUCGAACUGGGCCGAUGAAGUGUUCGAGGAAAUGGAUAGCACGCUUGCCGUGCAGCAGUACAUCCAGCAGAUGAUCAAGAAGGACCCCUCGAAUGUGGACCAAAUUCUAACCAUGCCAGACGGGCAGGACGAGGGCGUGUGGAAGUAUGAGCACCUCAGACAAUUUUGCAUGGAAUUAAACGGACUGGCGGUGAGACUACAGACGCAGUGCUUUCCGGCCACUUGCACCCAGAUGACCGCGACCGAGCAGUGGAUUUUCCUGUGUGCUGCACACAAAACACCCAAAGAGUGUCCGGCAAUUGAUUACACCCGACACACGCUCGAUGGUGCUGCGUGCUUGUUGAAUAGUAAUAAGUAUUUCCCUAGCAGGGUGUCCAUCAAAGAUUCGUCGGUAGCAAAGCUAGGUUCGGUGUGUCGCCGGGUGUAUCGAAUUUUCUCGCACGCCUACUUCCACCAUCGACGAAUAUUUAACGAGUUCGAGGAGGAGACAUCGCUGUGUCUCCGGUUUACCAACUUCGUCACGAAGUACACGCUCAUGUCGAAGGAAAAUUUGAUCGUUCCCAUUCCGGAAUGUGAGCUUACUCCCGGUGAAAGUGAAGCCUAAAACAAACACCCGGCUUUAGGGACGUCAGUAGUGUCAUUAUUCGUCAUUUUCGUGCGACUAUUCGAUGUGGUAAAACAGAAUGUAGCUAUCACUACCCUCCCAAGCACGUGUUUAUCGUUCGAAUCGUCGUAUACUCCUGCAUAAGUGCGCCCAUAAUAUGCAGCUCUCGCAGCUGAAGAACGAAACGGUACAGAGAUGCGAGUGGGCCGAACUCCGUUGUAGAGAACGCUGUGCAGCGAUCGAAUGCUGCCGAACAGAGAAACUACUGUAACCGAGAUCGCACGCACAUCGUUUAUAUUAGUUGCAAAAUUUUACUUUUUCAAUCUUGCUAGCUUAAACAUAAAUUAUUUAUAGUUCUCUCUGUUAGAUAUACAUGCUUUUUAACGAUUAUGUUUGUACCGUACAUUCAGGAAAUCAUUGCUUAUCUUUCUGAAUACGAUUGUUUUGUUCCAAACUGUGCAACUGAGCCCCAGAGAGCGUCGGUGCGAUUUCCUCAACCAAAACCACUAGCCAACGGCGAAACCCCUAUCGAGCGAAACAGUAUUUGUUGAAUAUAGCAAAACUGUGAAGUCCUAAGAUGGAUUGCAACAUUUUUUUAAUAGUAUUCAAUGUGUUUGUGUGAGUACUACAAAAAAAAACGGUGAAAACUAGGCGGCACGUCGUAAACGGUGGUAGUUGAUCAUGUGUGCGAAUAUAUAAUGAACAAAAUCCAGCAACUUUAUAGCAAAAGAUAUUAAAACAAAAGCAAAACAUUUACAUAAAGGAACACUCAUAAUGUAAUGAACAUACCUAUAUAUAUAUACGUGUAUAAAUAGUGAAGCUAUUAUUUAAUUGAACAAAUUGAACAAAAACACAAAACACACACAAUACAAAAAGAAGCAAAAGGGUGGUUCAGUAUGAGGAACGGAAAACGGUAUCUUUGAAAUCGUUGCCUGUACGGUCAACGUGAACCAAAAGUAUCAUAUGAAUAGAAAAAAAGUCUAAAUGCAUGAAAACCGUCAAAAUCACGGUUUUAUUUCCAUACGAUUGAAGUUAAGCAUAUAACACACACCGAUCCUCAUGUUCAAAGCAAUAAUGAAAGCCACACUUUCGAGUGGAAAAGGACGAGUUGCAUAGUGUUUCAACAAAAAAAAAAACAAACAAAAUAUAUACUAAAUGAAGAAGGUAAAACGAGAUAUAACGCAAU